CGAAGAAGAAGAGCUGCCAACAUGGCGGCGCACAUGAGACGCUUGACACAUUGGUACAGAGCAGUGAUAAACAAUAAUUUAACAUCACUUUCAAGCGUCAGAGGAUAUUUAUCAAGGUCAUAUUCUCAGGUUCAAACAGACUUUUCGUCUAAUCGUGUGCGGCGUACGUUCACAGAUUUUUUUCAUGAACUCUACCAACACAUAAUUGUGCCAUCCUCCCCUGUUCGUCCGCGGGGAGACCCGAGUCUCCUGUUUGUCAACGCAGGCAUGAACCAGUUCAAGCCUAUUUUCCUUGGAGCAGCAGACCCGCGCAGUGAAAUGGCCACAUACCGGCGGGUGGUGAAUAGUCAGAAGUGUGUCCGGGCUGGGGGUAAACACAACGACCUGGAAGAUGUUGGUCGAGAUGUCUACCACCACACCUUCUUUGAGAUGUUAGGAAACUGGUCCUUUGGCGAUUACUUCAAGGAGGAAGCGUGCAUCAUGGCUUGGCGUCUACUCACAGAGGAGUACAGGAUUCCUCCAGAACGCCUCUACGUCUCAUACUUUGCCGGUGAUGCCACCUCUGGUUUGCCAGCAGAUGAGGAAACGCGCCACAUCUGGCUAAGCUUGGGAGUGCCCUCUGAUCACCUCCUGCCAUUUGGGAUGAAGGACAACUUUUGGGAGAUGGGGGAGAUUGGCCCCUGUGGCCCCUGCACAGAGAUCCACUAUGACCACAUUGGGGGCCGUAACGCAGCCUCGCUGGUCAAUGCAGACAGUCCUGAUGUGGUCGAGAUUUGGAACCUGGUCUUCAUGCAAUACAACAGAGAGGCAGAUCACAGCUUACGGUCACUCCCCCAGUUCAGCGUGGACACUGGCAUGGGUCUGGAGCGACUGGUGACCGUUCUCCAAGGACAACGUUCCAACUACGACACUGACCUCUUUACCCCUCUGCUGUCUGCUAUACAACAGCGCUCCAAUUGCCCUGAGUAUAGAGGGAGGACUGGAGAGGCGGAUGUGGGCAAAGUGGACAUGGCAUACCGCGUUGUUGCUGACCACGUGCGCACCCUGUCUGUCUGCAUUGCUGACGGAGUCUACCCGGGCAUGUCUGGGGCCGAAUUGGUUUUACGCCGUAUCCUCCGGCGAGCUGUGAGGUUCAGCACUGAGGUACUGCAGGCCCCUGAGGGAGCGCUGGCAAGCCUGGUACCCACAGUUGCCCACAUCCUGGGUGAUGCUUAUCCUGAACUGCAUAAAGAGUCAGAUAGGAUCAUGGAUAUAAUCAAUGAAAACGAGGCCCAAUUCCUGUCCUCUCUGAAGCAGGGGCGCAGAGUGAUUGACAGGACACUCCAGAGAUUGGAGAACAAUGCCACUCUAUUCCCAGUGCCUGUGGCCUGGUCUCUGCAUCGUAACUUGGGCUUUCCUCUGGAUCUCAUUGGACUAAUGCUGGAGGAGCAGGGCUUGAGUGUUGACCAACGGGCCCUUGAUGUGUUGGCCAUUGAAAAUGAAAAUGUAACUACACUUAGGUGUCAGGUGCAGACCUCUGUUGGGGAUACGCUGGUCCAUCUGGAUCUGCACAGCCUAGCCCAGCUGCAGAGUGGAGAAGUUCCCCACACAGACGACUCUCCCAAGUACCACUACAGCUUGGCACAGGAUGGCAAAUAUGUGUUCCAGCCCUGCCAUGCUACCGUGCAGGCCCUGUACUGUGGACAGACUCUUGUCUCGGAGGUGGCCGGGGGCCAGAGGUGUGGUGUGGUGCUUGACCGGACCUGUUUCUAUGCAGAGCAAGGGGGGCAGUCCCAUGACCAGGGCUACUUCAUCAGAGAUGGACUGCCGGAUGUCCUGUACCCUGUUGAGGCUGUGCAGCUUGCUGGGGGAUAUGUGGUUCAUCAGGUCACCGCUGCUGAAGUGCUGAGAAAAGGGGACCAGGUCCAGCUCUACCUGGAUGAGCCACAGAGACUAGCCUGCAUGGUCAAGCACACCGCCACACACGUCCUCAACUUCGCCCUCCGUCAGCUGCUGGGUUCUUCUGUGGAGCAAAGAGGCAGUCAUGUCGCUGCAGACCGCCUACGCUUUGACUUCAGCGUCAAGGGAUCAUUGAGUAUUCCCCAGCUCCAGGAGAUUGAGAGGAGCAUCCACAACAUUAUCACAGAGAAUAAUGCGGUGUACAUGGAAGAGGUUCCCCUGGCCCGGGCUAAAGACAUCCCAGGUCUAAGGACUGUGGAUGAGGUGUACCCUGAUCCGGUGAGAGUGGUGUCCGUGGCAGUUCCCGUAGCAGACCUGUACGAUUCUCAGACGGACAGAUGGACGUCAGUGGAACUCUGCUGUGGGACGCAUUUACUGACAACCGGGGAGAUCGGGGAUUUGGUUAUCAUUUCCGAGAGGCAGAUGGUUAAAGGGAUCAGCCGUAUCGUGGCAGUCACUGGAGACGACGCCAGAGAGGCUCGAGAGGCGGGUCAGGUCCUGACCCAGGAAGUGGAGUCUUUGUCAGCACGUCUUGCAACGGUCGCCAGCCCCUCCCUCGCAGAUGCCAACCGGCUGGCCAAAGAAGUGGGCAUACUGACAGAUGCAGUGGAUUGCACUGCUAUACCACAGUGGAAGCGGAGGGAGCUUCAAACUCGCCUCAAAGGUCUACAGAGGACAACCAACACAAGCAUAAGGAAACUGGAGACCAAAGAGGCUGCUGUGAAAGCCCAAUCACUAUUCAUAAAGAAUAGCAACAAGAAUAUUGUAGUGGACACUGUGGACACAGACUCUAUAUCAGUGCUGAUGAAGACAGUGAACCAAUACAGUGACAGAGCCCCAGGGACCCUGAUCAUGCUACUCUCCCACCAGCAGCCAUCGGGGAAGGUCCUGUGUGCGUGCCAAGUGCCCAAGGGCUUUAGUGCUCUCUCUGCCAGUGACUGGGCCCUGACGGUGUCUGCUCGCCUGGGAGGGAACGCAGGUGGCUCUGCCACUGUGGCAAAGGGCACAGGGAGUGUGGCCAACCUCACUGAGGCACUCAGGUGUGCUGAAGAGUAUGCACAGGACAAGACCCAAAACGGAUGCUAAGUACAAACGUCAAGGGAUCACAAGCCCACAUUUACCAUAGGGUGUAGGCAAAAUACACCACUGUUCAAUGGAAAAGUUCUCCAACUGCCACAUGGCGGGUUGAUGACAAAAGUACAUAUUACAGCAUACUACAGGUUGGAAGAACCUACCAUUUUCGGGGGGGGGGGGGGGGUGUGACUGUGAGAAGUUCAGUUCGGGUGACUUUUAAAAGGACAGCCUAUUGAAAUGAAAUGAUACUGACAUCUAAGAUAUAAUUUCCCCUGUUGUAGCAUAGUAGCUAUAAAUAAAUAGACUGAGGGUUGCCCAUCUGCAUUCACCCCAUUGGGCUAAUCAUUAGCGAGAUCACAAACUCUAAACAUUAUCUUGUUGCUAGUUAGCAACAUAUUGAUGAUUUGAAUGUCCCACUGGCACUCAUCCAAGGAUCAUGUACUGUGAAUACCACCUGCCCCAUGGUACGUUUAGCCCUGGUCUUUCCUAUGCAUUCAACACCAUUGGCGAGUGCCAACAGGCAUAAACCAUGCCAUUGCUAAAAACUCUGGUUCUAAAAUGGUGCAGUUCACAAAUUUUGGGUAUUUGAGAAAUACGUUGAGUAAAAUUAGAACGCUCUGUGAUCCUCUUUUAACAGUGGCCAUCAAAACUGAUUUAAAAUGUGUGUUUUCCAGCGAUUACAUUAAGAAUGUUGUAGGCCACAAUGACUUGGCAUGCAUGUUUUUCUCCAUGUUGUUCUCCACUGCAAUUUGAAAGCACUUUGAGAGGGAUUUUCUUUUCUCUCAUAGAAUGCGACGGCCCAAUUUAACCCCUGCUCCUAUUUAUUAUGGAUGCAAGUGUCUGGAAUUUCUGUCAGGACUCAGUAUGUACAUGUGUAUGAUAAGCAUUAUGAAUAGGUAGUCAAGACAGUGUUUGGAGAUUUGUAUUGUGCUUCUGUCCUAAGAUUAUGGAGAAUAAGGAAAGUCUAGUUUGUCCUGCGAUGUACUGAAUGACAGCCUUGUAAUAAUUAACCAUUUUUGAGUGUAAGGAUUAUGCAUAUUCCAGUUGUCUACUUUCUUUGUUUUAGAAGGAAUAAAGACAUUUGAGGUAAUUUCUUAUUGUACAAUUUUCACUAAUUAUUCACUUGAUAACCUUGAGUAACUCGAAGCUCACAUUUUUACAAUAGGUAUAAUUGUUUAUUUAAAUCGUUAAGGCAUAAUGGCAGUGUUAUUGAAUCCUAAAUUGUUGUACAACAGUUACACUUUUUUUUUUGUAAUUCUCUUGUGCUGUAAAAUGACAUAGAAACCCAUCUCUAAAACUCCACAUACAUUGAAUUCAUAUACUAGAUGGAUAUUCUCAUGUGUAAAGCCUGUGUCUAUGUAUGCUGAUGACUCAACAUACACGUCAGUUACCAUUGAAAGUGCAAUCACUGCAACGCUAAACAAAGAGUUGCAGUCAGUUCUAGAAUGGGUGGCAAAUAAUAAGCUAGUACUAAAUAUUUCAAAAACUGAAAGUAUUGUAUUUGGGACAAACCAUUCAUUAAACCCUAAACCUCAACCAAAUAUUUUAAUGAAUAAUAUGUAAAUAGAGCAAGUUGAGGAGACUAAACUGCUUGGUUUAACCCUGGAUUGAUAACAGUCAUGGUCAAAACAUGUUGAUGCAACGGUAGCUAAGCUGGGGAACCCAAGUUCUGUCUGUAAUAAAGUACUGUUCUGGUUUCUUGACAUGGCUAUCAACAAAACAAGUCCUACAGGCCCUAGUUGUCGCUCCUGGAAAACUGCCCAGUCACAUGGUCAAGUGCCACAAAGAGGGACAUAGGCAAGUUACUGUUGGCCCAGAGCAGCACAGCUGGCCCUAAAUGUACACUGAGAGCUAACAUCAAUGACAUCAAUCCUCAAAGUAGAGGAGAGAUUGACUGCAUCACUACUUGUCUUUUGUGAGAAGUAUUGACAUGUUGAAAGCACCGACCUGUUUGUUCAAAUGCCUUGCAUACAGCUCGGACAAACAUGCAUAACCCACAAGACAUACCACAAGGGGUCUCUUCACAGUCCCCAAGUACUGAACAGACUCUGGGAAACGCACAGUACUACACAGAGCCAUGAAUACAUUGAACUCUAUUCUAGCCUUUCUCAAACCCCGGUCUGUGGACCAGCGUUGCUCCAUGGAGGAAUGCUUGCCGUUCCGUGGCAUAUUUGUCUUGAAUAUGAUUGCUUUUUUGGGGGGAUCCGCAGCAUAUUUGAAUCUAAUAAAUCUUGCCAUACUUGCCAUAGGCCUACUUCACUGAGGUAUAAUAAGAACUGGAGACUGCGUCCAAGGUGUGUCGGCCUGUGGUUUUCAAGGUCAUCUACUCAUAUUUGUAUACACUGAUUCAUGGACCGUUUAUAUCUGGGUUGUAUCCAGUUUAUACGGACCAACAUCACAUGAGUACUAACACUCAGCGUGCACGGGGAGCAGCACGAGCAGCGACGACAUCAUCACAUCAUCCAAAAACAUGGCAGACAUUGGAUGAAUAUAAACUGUUAAUGUCUUCAGCUGUGAGUGAUAAAAACAAAAUCGUCCUCAACUUCAAUUAUACACUGAACAACAAUAUAAAGUCAACGUGUAACAAUUUCAAUGAUUUUACUGAGUUACAGUUCAUAUAAGAAAAUCUGUCAAAUUGAAUUAAGUUUAUGACCAAUUGAAUAUGUAAACUAUUCUACUAUGGAGUUGUCUGAUUUUGGUGUUGCUUUACUUGUGUUGUUGGCAGAGGAAAAUUAAAUGCGGACAACAAUUUUUGAUUAGAUAAUUCAGUAUUUGCAUAACCAAAGGUACCGGGUCACAGCUCGGCCUGGCUCUCAUUUGGAUCAUCGGUACUGGGCCUCGGACCCAGCGUGAUCCGGCCCAAUUGAACCCCUGCUCCUAUUUAUUAUGGAUGCAAGUGUCUGAAAUUUACAUGUGUAUGAUGAGCAUUAUGAAUAGGUAGUCAAGACAGUGUUUGGAGAUGUGUAUUGUUGUAUUGUGCUUCUGUCCUAAGAUUGUGGAGAAUAAGGAAAGUCUAGUUUGUCCUGCGAUGUACUGAAUGCCAGCCUUGUAAUAAUUAACAAUUUUUGAGUGUAAGGAUUAUGCAUAUUCCAGUUGUCUACUUUCUUUGUUUUAGAAGGAAUAAAGACAUUUGAGGU